AUGUCUCCCUCAGUUGCCUCUGGAAAUCGGACAUAUAGCAUUGCCUCAAUCCCCGCUGAUGGCAUUGGUCCUGAAGUAAUCAGUGCUGGCAUCACAGUAUUGAGCGCCUUGACUGAGACGCUCAAGACAUUCAACCUUGACUUCACGAACUAUGACUGGAGUUCCGAAACUUAUAAGAAGACGGGGAAAUACAUCCCCGACGGUGGUCUUGAGGAUCUGAAGAAGCAUGACGCCAUUUUCUUUGGUGCUGUUGGUGCUCCAGACGUACCCGACCACAUCUCUCUCUGGGGUCUCCGUCUUGCAAUCUGCCAGACUUUCCAACAAUAUGCCAAUGUCCGUCCUACCCGGGUCUUUCGCGGAACCGAGUCCCCGCUACGCAACUGCAAACAUGGGGAUCUGGACUGGGUCAUCGUUCGCGAGAACAGUGAGGGCGAAUAUGCUGGCCAGGGCGGCCGCUCUCAUAUCGGGAAGCCAUGGGAGGUAGCCACCGAGGUCGCCAUCUUUUCUCGGCAUGGAGUGGAGCGCAUCAUGCGAUUCGCCUUCGAGACGGCGCAGAAGCGUCCGCGCAAGCUCUUGACUGUUGUGACUAAGAGUAAUGCCCAGCGGAAUGGUCUUGUUCUCUGGGAUGAGGUCGCCCAGGUGGUGGCAAAGGAGUUCCCUGAUGUCACCAUGGACAAGAUGUUGGUUGACGCUAUGACUACCCGUAUGGUCUUGAAGCCCGAAAGUUUGGACACUAUAGUGGCUACGAAUUUGCACGCUGACAUUUUGUCCGACCUGGCCGCGUCUCUGGCUGGAUCCAUCGGCAUUGCACCAACGUCCAAUCUAGACCCGACUCGCGAGUAUCCGAGCAUGUUUGAACCGAUCCAUGGAUCUGCCUUCGAUAUCACGGGAAUGGGUAUCUCGAACCCGGUCGCGACCUUUUGGACCGCAGCUGAAAUGCUUGCGUGGCUGGGUGAAGCGGAUGCAUCGAAAAAGUUGCUGGACUGUGUCGAGGCCGUGUGUGAGCGCGGUAUUCUCACCCGCGAUCUGGGGGGACAGGCAACCACCGUGCAGGUGACUGAAGCUGUCGUGGCCGAGAUUGAGAAGCUUGCGACCCAGUAA